AUGUGUAGUCCGACAAUUAUACUGGAGAAAAUUGUAGAGAAAAUCGUUGAGACAGUGUUCCAAUCAGUGAGACGUCAUGUCGGUUUUAUUUUAUAUUACAAGCAGAACCUGGAGAACCUGAAAGACGAGGUGAAUAACCUUCAAAAGCAGAGAAGCAGCGUCAAAAGAGAAGUUGAUGAAGCCAACUACCGCGGUGAGGCCAUAAACAAUAACGUUUCGGACUGGCUAAAGUAUGUUGACGAGACUAAACAAGGAGUUGAAAAGUUUAUGAAGGACGAAACUGUUAAGGAAAACAUGUGCGUUAAUUUCUCGUGUCCCAACUUCAUCUCGCGUUACCGCCUGAGCAAGGAAGCCGAGAAGAAGGUGGUUUGA